AUGGCAGCCCUGGGCUCUGAAAGGGAGUUUACAGGAGGUGGGAAUGGGCAACUCUUGACCUCACCUCUCAAUGGGAGGAGUGUCAAAGAAUUUGUGGGCCUUAUAAAUCAACCACAGAGGAAUCCUCAGCUGAUAAACUGGACCAUCCUCUACAGAAGAAACCACAAAAAGGGACAGUCGGAAAAAGUUCAAAAGCAAAGAACCUGCUGUGCAGUCAAAUUCCAGAAGGCCAUCACUGGUGCAUCUCUUGCUGAUAUAAUGGCCAAGAGGAAUCAGAAAACUGGAGUUAGGAAGGCACAACGAGAACCAGCCAUCAGGGCUGCCAAGGAAGCAAAAAGGGCUAAGCAAGUGUCUAAAAAGACAGCAAUGGCUGCUGCUAAGUUUCCUAUGAAGGCAGCCCCUAAGCCAGAGACUGUGAAGCCUGUGAAGGUUUCUGCAUCCUGA